GCCACCACCAAACAACUCCCGCUCCCCACUCCCCUCUUCCUCGCCAAUGGCCGCCACCGCCGCCGCCCCCACCGCUCCCGCCCGCCUCUUCCUCCUCCACUCCACCCGGUCCUCGAACCCCAGCAGCUCCGCCUCAGCUCAAGCCCAGGCCCUCCGCGUCCCGCUCCCCGGCCUCACGCUCUCCCGCCGCCGCAUGGCUGGGGCCCCGCCGGCGGCGAUCGCGGGCGCCUCCGGCGACUCCGAGCGGGACCUGAGCGCCUCGGCGUUAUCCGUGGAGGCCCAUGAGUCCGCCGUCGCGCCGGAUUCUGAUUUGGAGGCGAAGGAGCCAAGCGUGGCGACGAUACUGACGAGUUUCGAGAACUCGUUCGACAUGUAUGGGGCUCUCAGCACGCCUCUGUAUCAAACGGCCACCUUUAAGCAGCCUUCAGCAACAGAUUAUGGAGCUUAUGAUUAUACUAGAAGUGGUAACCCUACUCGUGAUGUUCUCCAGAGCCUUAUGGCUAAGCUUGAGAAGGCAGAUCAAGCAUUCUGCUUCACCAGUGGAAUGGCAGCACUAGCUGCAGUAACACACCUCAUUCAGUCUGGGCAAGAAAUUGUUGCUGGAGAGGACAUAUAUGGUGGAUCCGAUCGUCUUCUCUCGCAAGUUGCGCCAAGACAUGGAAUCGUAGUAAAACGAGUGGACACAACCAAAAUUAGUGAUGUAGCGUCUGCAAUUGGUCCCUUGACUAAAUUAGUUUGGCUUGAAAGUCCCACCAAUCCUCGCCAACAAAUUACUGACAUAAAGAAAAUCUCAGAGAUAGCUCAUUCACAUGGUGCUCUUGUUUUAGUAGACAACAGCAUCAUGUCUCCAGUGCUCUCCCGCCCUAUAGAACUUGGAGCUGAUAUUGUGAUGCACUCAGCUACCAAAUUUAUAGCUGGACAUAGUGAUCUUAUGGCUGGAAUUCUUGCAGUAAAGGGUGAAAGCUUGGCUAAAGAGAUAGCAUUUCUGCAAAACGCUGAAGGAUCUGGUUUGGCUCCUUUUGAUUGCUGGCUUUGCUUGAGGGGAAUCAAAACCAUGGCUCUGCGGGUGGAGAAACAGCAGGCUAAUGCACAGAAGAUUGCUGAGUUCCUAGCAUCUCACCCGAGGGUCAAGCAAGUGAACUAUGCUGGGCUUCCUGACCAUCCUGGGCGGUCUCUACACUAUUCUCAGGCAAAGGGAGCAGGCUCCGUUCUCAGUUUCCUCACCGGCUCACUGGCGCUCUCAAAGCACGUCGUCGAAACCACCAAGUACUUCCACGUAACGGUCAGCUUCGGGAGCGUGAAGUCGCUCAUCAGCCUGCCGUGCUUCAUGUCGCACGCGUCCAUCCCCGCCGCGGUCCGCGAGGAGCGCGGCCUGACGGACGACCUCGUCCGGAUAUCCGUGGGCAUCGAGGACGUCGAGGACCUCAUCGCCGACCUCGACCGCGCGCUCAGGACCGGCCCGGCGUAGCAGGCUGCAGGAUCUCGCUGUUCCCUGAAUUCUGAAUCGCAGCGUGUAGAUCAGUAGUAGGCGUGAUAUGUCUUGGCAAUUCAUUGGUGCACUGCUUGAGGAAUAAUAAUGGGAACGUUUGCUUGAGAGCAAUUGGUGUCUA